AUGAUGAACGAUACGAACAACCCGACUAUGGCCAUUGAUCAAGAACUUUAUCCAGCCUUGAUACAGUGUUUCUUUAUCAUUGGCGUCGGUUACGUAGCCGGACAAUUGAAUUUGCUGACGAAUACUCAAUCGAUAGGUCUUUCACGUUAUAUUAGUAACUUCGCUUUACCCGCUGUGAUAUUUAAAAAUCUUGUUAACGUACAUUUCCAAAGUGUAUCAUGGGCCUUUCUUGGCUCGGUAUUUAUUGCUAAAGCAAGUGUUUUUCUAAUCACAAUCAUUGUUACUUGUUUCGGUGAACGUCCAAGGAAUUUCGCUAGCAUGGGCUUAUACGCAAUAAUGACAUCUCAAAGCAAUGAUUUUGCAUUGAUUCUUCCGAUAAUCAAUGCGGUUUAUAAACAAUCCCAUCCAGAUUAUGAACGAUACAUCUAUCUGAUUGCACCGAUAUCUUUGGUCAUACUCAACCCGAUUGGUAUCCUUCUAAUCGAAAUUCAAAAGCGUUUCAAUCAAGAAAAUCAACAUCGACAUAUUCAUGCGCGCGAACGCUUUCAGCUAUUGAAAAUCAUUCUAAAAAAUAUUAGUCGAAAUCCGAUUGUCAUAUGUACCGUACUAGGUGUGAUAUUUAAUCGAAUAUUUAACGAACAUUUACCUGAUCUUAUUGAUCAUAUAUUAACACCAGUAGCGCAAUCGUUUAGUUCGACUGCAUUGUUCUAUCUAGGUUUAACAAUGGUUGGAAAAUUAAGUCGUCUUCAUGCACAUCUAGUUAUAACCGUGUUUAUUUUGAGUAUGAUUAAACUGAUUGUCUUUCCACUAGUAUUACGUCAAGCUAUUUUCUUUCUUCUGAAACCCGUCAAUGGAAGUUUGAAUAGUACAAUCGAUUAUUCGAAUUUCGGAUUUCUAUAUGGAACAGCACCAACAGCUCCGUCUGUGAUAUUUUAUGUACCGGAAUCCUAUGCAGCUUUACAAGCAAUUGCUUCUACAGGUUUAGUUGUGUCAACGUUACUCGCAGGACCGAUUAUGUUAGUGUCAGCUAAGAUGAUUAAUCUAAAGGCAUUGGAUGUUAUUAAAGCUCAAUCGUAUGACUCCAGUCUAGUUAAAACUGCAUAUGAUCUGAGUGUUUUAUCGUUACUUUGUACAAUUAUUGUUUUGAUUGGAUUCGGUUUGCGACGUCGUUUAUUAAAAAUAUCGUUUGUACAUAAAUAUACAUUCAUUUUCGUUGGUCUUCAAAUGAUUCAUGCGAUGUGGACAAUAGCUAUUCAAUGUGUACCGACGCCCAUAUCAACUACUGCGGCAACUAUUGUUGAAUUAGGUGAGUGA